UCCUCUGUCUCUGUCUAUCUCUCCCUCCACCACCUUCUACUUCUCACUCCCCCACUCCAAUUUUCAGCCAUGCUGUCAUCUAACGCCGGCGAAAUCCCCUCUCCGUCCUCCUCCUCCUCCGCCGCCCUCACGCACACCACUCCAAAAACAAUGGAGGAAGUAUGGAAAGACAUCAACCUCUCCACCCUCGUACAGGACAGCCGUCCUGCAACUCCCUCCCUCUCCUUAGAAGCUCCCCUCUCCCACAAAAGCACCACCUCCUAUCGCGGCAUGAUCCUGCAGGACUUUCUCGCCGGCGCCUUCAAAGAUCCUCCCGCCUCCUCUGCUUCCGGCCAACUUCCCCACCUUCCCUUGCCGCCCAUCGUCCUUAGCCUCAAUACCUCUGCUUUUCUUCAACCCGGGUUCGACUACUCCGGUUUUCAGCCCGGCCCGCCAGCCUCCGCUGCCGCCGCCUGCGGCUCCGAUGACAUUAUGGUGUCUCAUUAUCCCUCGAAGAAGCGUAUUGUUGAUGAUCCCUCUUGCAUUUCAGGUGAUGGACGGCGGCAUAAGCGGAUGAUAAAGAACAGGGAAUCGGCGGCCCGGUCCAGAGCCCGAAAACAGGCAUACACGAACGAGCUGGAGCUGCAAAUCGCCCACCUGACGCAGGAGAACGCGAAGCUGAAGAAACAGAACGAAGAGCUUCGCGAGGCAAUGGCUGCUGAGCAUCCCAACAGAAAGGUUCUUCAGAGAACCUCAACCGCUCCAUUUUAA